UGAGCUAAUUUCAUUCCUUUCUUCUAGGGAUACUUGUACAGAAAGGGCCUUUUCCUUGACACCAGAGACCAUGGUACUAAAAGUAGCAAUUGUUGGGGCAGGUGUGAGUGGACUAGCAUCCAUCAAAUGUUGUCUGAAUGAAGGGCUGGAGCCUAUCUGCUUUGAAAAGACUGGUGGCAUUGGUGGACUCUGGAAAUUCACAGAAAUUCCUGAAAGGAGAAGAAUCACUGUGUACAGAUCUGUGAUAACCAAUACCUCGAAGGAAAUGACUUGCUUCAGUGACUUCCCAUUCCCAGAGGAUUGCCCUAACUAUCUACACCACUCUGUGCUCCUGAAGUACCUCGGGGCAUACGCAGAACAUUUCCAGCUUCUUGACUAUAUACACUUUAAGACUACAGUAUAUAGCAUCAGAAAACACCCAGAUUUCACAUCUACUGGACAGUGGGUAGUUCAUACAGAGACUGGUGGGCAGCAGGCAUCAGACAUCUUCGACGCUGUUAUGAUUUGCAGUGGCCGUUAUGCAGAGCCAAAUCUACCACUAGAUUCAUUUCCGGGAAUUGAGAACUUCAAAGGUCGCUAUUUACAUAGUUGGGAAUACAGAGAUCAAAAAGAGUUUGAAGGGAAAAAUGUCCUUGUAAUUGGUGCUGGAAAUACUGGAGGGGACAUCGCUUCAGAGGUCUGCCGCACAGCUGCUAAGGUCUUCCUUAGCACCAGAAGUGGAACAUGGGUGCUCAGUCGCCUUGCAGAAUCUGGCUGGCCUUCUGACAUGGUCUUGGGAACUCGCUUGAUGACAUACAUUCAGUGGCUCUUUCCAGGAUGCAUAUUGCGCAGGAUGAAGGCAAAGAUAUUCAAUCGAUGGUUUAACCAUGAAAACUAUGGAUUAGUUCCCAUUCAAAGUUCAUGGACACCUGUGAUCUUGAAUGAUGAGCUGCCCAGCUGCAUCCUCUCUGGUGCUAUAGUGGUGAAGCCAAAUGUGAAGGAAUUUACUGAGACUUCAGUCAUCUUUGAAGAUGGAACAAUGGAGAAUCAUAUAGAUGUUAUCAUCUUUACUACAGGUUACAGUGCUUCCUUUCCUUUCUUGGAAGAGCCUAUUCAUAAUAUCUGCAAAAGCAGCACAUCUCUUUAUAAGCACAUCUUCCCUCCUCACUUGGAGAAGCCUACACUGGCAAUCAUUGGUUUUAUAGCAAUAAAUGGAUCCAUUCUACCUGUGGCAGAACUUCAAGCCCGAUGGGUCACAAGAGUAUUUAAUGGGUCAUGUAAACUCCCACCAGUGAGCAGACUGAUGAGUGAAGUUGCUAAAAAGAAGAAGACUCUUCUUAAAAUGGGUUUUCCCAUUGAAAAGGACAGCAUAAAGACAAGCUUUGUUGCCUACAUGGAUGAAAUUGCUGCUUGUGCAGGGGUCAAGCCCAACUUGCUGUUGCUCUUCCUAUUAGACCCCAAGCUAGCUUGGAAAAUUCUUUGUGGGCCCUGCACUUCUUAUCAGUAUCGUCUGACUGGACCUGGGAAAUGGAAAAAAGCCAGAAGUGCAAUACUGACUGAGUGGGACCGAGUUCUAAAGCCCCUGAAGACUAGAGCUACCAAUCAUUCUCCCACACAUUCCAUGGCUUCCUUCUGGUUUAAGGUCCUUGGCUGUUCCUUCCUUGGGACAGCCCUGGUCAUUUUAAAAUUCUCAUCUCUUUCAUGGUUACCCAGGCUAAAGUAAAAUAAGAGGUGCCCUUUUCACAUUAUAUGUAUUUCUUGGUUUCAUUAUGUGGGUGAGUUGUCUACUGAACACAGCAAAACAAAAAAGAAGAAAAUAAGACCUGACUCUAAAAAUAAUAACCAAAAAACCAAAAGAAUACUGAUUAUACAGAGUAUUAUAUAUAAUACAAUAAAUAAUAAUAAGAACUGUGUAAUAUCA